AUGCCUGCCGAACGUCGAACCUUCACUUCGGCCAGACCGGUCAAGACUGAGCGCACUCAUGAAGAGAACCAGGAGCGUGCUUACAUUGCUGCCUCACGCCGCAGUGAUCGUAGUCUAGAGGCUCGCAUUGAGUCGGCACGUAGGGCUUCUGAGAUUCACAAGAAGCGUACAGGCCGUGCUUUGCGUGUAACUGAGCAGGAUGUCAUCAAUGAAGAGAUGUACGAAGAGGAGGAUGAUGAUCUGCCCACUCAGUACCAGCGCUUGAACGCGCAUCUGCACACUACCUCUGUCAUGUUCAACAAGAAGCUCCAUGAUUACAUCGCGACACAGCACGGUGUCAGAAACAUGUUCAUGUCGCAGUACCAGAACCAGGGCCCGGCGUUCCAGCAGUUUGGUCAGCAGUAUCCAGCCAACGGUGCCUCGUUUCCCCAGGCAAACAACUGGCUGAACCCUUCCAUGCUUCCACCACAACAGUUUACUCCGGCUUCGCCCCAGAGUUUCCAGCAAACGCAGCCUUUCAGCCCAACUACCGCUCAGCCUCAACAGAGCUACCGACAGUCACCGUAUCACAUUCCUCAAAGGACUCAGUCUCACCAGCGCGCUCUUUCUAUUCAACUGCCUCAAGGCACAUCGCACUUUGAUCCGUCAGCUCAGCCGGCAAGUGCAGGUACCACGACGCCGCAGACCGAGCUAAACCGGAGACUGUCUUUACCGCCGCAAGCUUUCCAGCAACCAAACCAAACAGUAGAGCGACCAACGCGCCCUUCGCUAUCGCGUUCGCCUACUGCACACUCGCUUCAGCACCGUCAGUCAUCCUCACCACAGAUUGCUUCGCCAAAUGCGGCUUCAGUCCAUGAUGCUGCACCUGUGCAGAGUGACCCUAAUUCACCCACUUCAUAUUCUUACAGCCCCACGAACUAUCCGUACAGUUCGCAGGCACUGAACACCAACCCUUUGACGUUGUCUAUGCCACCCGAGUCGCAGCAGUUUUUGGGAUCAGUCCUUGAUCAGAACGACCCACGCACUGCUGUCUUCAUGGCUGGCAGUGACAACCUUCCUCAGCCAUUUGCUCCAACAUACACCUACAACCCUAACAAGGUUACACGGGCACCGAACAGCACCAGCAUGUCAGACAAUGCUACUGGUUCCGCUCAGACUUUGUCUUCUGGUCUUAACCUGAAGACCGAGCCUGUCUCUGGCACCACAUCACCGUCGAUGCCGAGUGCCAUCUCUGAUGGCUUUUACUCGAAUGAUUCAUUCUUGACACCUGGCAAUGGUGACUACAGUGCCUUCUUCGACUUCCAAGGCGGCGACUUUACACAUUCUUUCGAUGACCAGUCCACCAAUGACCAGGACAACGGCAACAGCCUCGUCAACUGGGAUUAG